UUCCAGCCAACUAACUGGAAAUCAAGUUGUCAAACCUGCAUGGAAUGUAGAUCGACCCACCUCUUCUGCCUAUAAAAGCCAGACCAACCAAGCAGCAGAGCAGCAGAGCAGCAGCCUCUUGAGAUCCUGACAUCAGCCUCCCUGAAGACAACCACCACCUGAAGAACAGCCACAUCAUGAAGACUGCCAUCGCUCUCUUGCUGCUGUCUUGCUUCCUGGCUGCCAGUCAUGCCUUCAGGUGUGAGGAAGCUCCCAGGUAUUACGGCCUCGGUCAGUUUGAUGCCGGACAAGGAAUGUUGGUUGCCACCAACAGAUAUCGAACCCUGAUGCUCACUGGUACACGCUGGAAAUUCCUGAGCAGCCAACGCCUUCGUCACAUUUCAGUCGGACGUUCUGGUCUGUGGGCCACUGAUUCCAGCAACAAACUCUUCAAAAUGGUGGGAGGCAAAUUUCUGGAGGCCACAGGUUUGAAGUUGAAAGUGGUGGCAGCUGGAGGGGACGAUUUUUUGAUGGGAGUCAGAGCCAGUGACAACAGAACCGUCUGUGUUCGAGGCAGCUCAGCUUUGCACUACAAAGGUGUCGGCUCUGUGAGCUGGGUUUUGAAGACAAAUAUCAUGAAAGAAAUCAGCUGCGGACAGAAUAGGUGCUGGGCGGUCGACUCAUCGAAUCGGGUCUAUGUCAUGUGGAAUAUCAACUCCGGCUGUGGAAGUACAUCAUGGGUGCAAGUGCCUGGGUCCUUUAAGUCGAUCAAAGUGGGACAGGACGGAUCAGUUUUUGGACUGAUGCCGCAUGGUGUCAUCUGUGAAAGAGUGGGCAUCACAAAUAGUAAUCCGAGAGGCUCUACUUGGCGCGAGUUCCCCAUGUGCAUCACUGUUGACAGACUCGCCUACGACCUGGGCAGACUUUGGAUCGCCAGCAAGUCAGGUCUCCUCUUGGAGUGCCGCCGCUAGGAUUCACUCUUGUUGCACUGAUGUAUGGCAACAAUGCACCUGAAUCUUCUUGAAUCUUUUUCUUUGUCAUGAAAUCAUGAUGCGGAAUUGUCAGAAAUAUCUACCAAGUGAUUGAAUUUUGAUCAUAAUUUGUUUUUAGAACUGUGGUGAAUCAGAAUCUACCAUGUUUGGGAACACUGA